AUGAAAUUUCCAAUCGAGACUCCAAGAAAACAGGUGAACUGGGAUCCAAAAGUGGCCGUUCCUGCAGCAGCGCCCCCGGCGUGCCCGCCCAAGGCCGCCGCUAACGGGGCUCCCCCGGCGCCUCGCCUCGCCGUGUCCUCCCGAGCCGCGGUCGUAGCCAGGAUGGAAGGCGCGGCCCAGGGGGGCCUGCAGACCGUCAUGAAGUGGAAGACAGUGGUUGCCAUCUUCGUGGUCGUGGUGGUCUACCUCGUCACGGGUGGUCUCGUCUUCCGGGCGUUGGAGCAGCCCUUUGAGAGCAGCCAAAAGAACACUAUCGCCUUGGAGAAGGCGGAAUUCCUGCGGGAUCAUGUCUGUGUGAGCCCCCGGGAGCUGGAGACGCUGAUCCAGCACGCUCUUGACGCUGACAACGCAGGAGUGAGCCCGAUAGGAAACUCUUCCAACAACAGCAGUCACUGGGACCUUGGAAGUGCCUUUUUCUUUGCUGGAACUGUCAUCACCACCAUAGGGUAUGGGAAUAUUGCUCCAAGCACUGAAGGAGGCAAAAUCUUUUGUAUUUUAUAUGCCAUCUUUGGAAUUCCACUCUUUGGUUUCUUAUUGGCUGGAAUUGGAGACCAACUUGGAACCAUCUUUGGGAAAAGCAUUGCAAGAGUGGAGAAGGUCUUUCGAAAAAAGCAAGUGAGUCAGACCAAGAUCCGGGUCAUCUCAACCAUCCUGUUCAUCUUGGCCGGCUGUGUUGUGUUUGUGACAAUCCCCGCCGUCAUCUUCAAAUACAUUGAGGGGUGGACAGCCCUGGAGUCCAUUUACUUUGUGGUGGUCACCCUCACCACGGUGGGCUUUGGUGAUUUUGUGGCAGGGGGAAACGCUGGCAUCAAUUACCGGGAGUGGUAUAAGCCCCUGGUGUGGUUUUGGAUCCUUGUUGGCCUUGCCUACUUUGCAGCUGUCCUCAGCAUGAUCGGAGACUGGCUACGCGUUCUAUCCAAAAAGACAAAAGAAGAGGUGGGCGAGAUCAAAGCGCACGCGGCUGAAUGGAAGGCCAACGUGACGGCCGAGUUCCGGGAGACGCGGCGGCGGCUGAGCGUGGAGAUCCACGACAAGCUGCAGCGCGCCGCCACCAUCCGCAGCAUGGAGCGUCGGCGCCUGGGCCUGGACCAGCGGGCGCACUCGCUCGACAUGCUCUCGCCCGAAAAGCGCUCCGUGUUCGCCGCGCUCGACGCAGGCCGCUGCAAGGCCUCGUCCCAGGAGAGCAUCGACCACCGGCCCAACAACCUGCGGCUGCAGGCGUCGGAGCCGCUGCAGAAGCGCGGGCAGGGCGCCUCUGAGGACAACAUCGUAAACAAGCUGGGCUCUGCCUCCAGGCUCACCAAGAGGAAGAACCGGGACCUUCGGAAGGCCCUGCCCGAGGACGUGCACAGGAUCUACAGGACCCUCCGCCACUACUCCCUGGACGAGGAGAAGAAGGAGGACGACACGGAGAAGGGGUGCAACUCGGACCACUCCAGCACCGCCGUGCUCACCGACUGCGCCCAGCUGCCGGCCGGCGCGGGGGACGGCGUGGGCCCCGCCGACGCCAAAGACGCGGAGCGCGACAGCAGCGCGCUGCUGGAAGCCAGAAACUAA